AUGCGAGGACAAAUGAUGCUAAAAAAAAUAUUUUUUUUUGUAAAGUUAAGUUUGUUUCCAGUUUUGUGUUGGCCGCAAUCAAAAGACGCGACAAGAUUGAGAAUGACCUGUGUGAAACUAUAUCAAUAUUUUUGCAUUAUUCUGGCAAUAUGCUUACAACUACCAGUGAUAUAUACUAUGACAAAUCAUCUUGACGACUUUUUAGUUUUAGUAGACUUAAUUAUUGGAAUGAGCGCAAAUCACGUUUUACUACUAUACUCUUUUAUAUCAAUAAUGUACAACUAUUUGCAGUAUGUCACUUUCGAAAUGAUAGAUUUUUCUGAAUUGAUUAAGCCACACGAAGACAUAAUUAUUCAACGAUACAUUGACAAAUGUAUCAUAUUGUAUGGUGCAUCUCUAAUAACUUUCUAUUUGGCUUCGGUAGUAGUGAUUAUCCUACCCUUUGUAAUGGAUCAACCGUUUCCAUUAUUAAUCGAAUAUCCAUUUGACGCACAUCAUCAGCCGUUAAGAACUAUUCUCUAUAUACAUCAAGUUAUAGUCGGAAUACACGUAUCAGGGCAACUAUGUUCCAAUGUUUUCAUGGCUCUUUUACUUUGGUUUGCAUCGGCAAGAUUUGAGAUAUUGACUGAAGAGUUGCGAAAAACCACAGAUAUUUACCAUUUGGCCAAAUGUAUUAGAAAACAUCAGCACUUACUCAAGUAUGCAAAUGAAGCUGUUCUUGCUGCUCGUCCUUUCGCACUAACGACUGUAUGUUGUAGUACAAUUUGCAUGGUAAUACUCUGUCUUUUGCUUCUUACCAAUCGAUCUAUGAUAUUGGUAUUGAAAUGUUUCGGUUUAGUUGUGAGCGGUUUAUCAGAAGUAUUUAUGUAUACAUGGCCAGCAGAAAAUUUAAUUUACAUGAGUCAAGACGUCGGACAGGCAGCGUUUGAUAUGUCUUGGUACGAUCAAUCAAUUGAAAUACGAAACUGUAUACAAAUUAUCAUGCAAAGGAGUCAAAAACCAGUAACGAUUGCAAUACCUUGUGUUAUGCCCACGUUAUCUCUUAAUUACUUUGCAUCGGUAAGAAGGAUUUCGAAUUGAUUGAAUUGAUUAAAUUGCUAUUAUAUCGAUCGCAUCAGUUAUUUAGCUAUCGUCAUACACAGUUUCAAUAUUUAGUGACAUUUUAUUAACAGAUUUUAAACAUAUUUGACUAACAUAAACUAUAAUUAUAAAGAUAUAAAAAUAUAUGUAAAUUUUUAUGUAUUAUCAAUAAUCUUUUCUUGGCACAAUGAAAACUUAGCUAUAUUUGUCCUUAUAUGUUCCAGUACUGCUCGACCAUAAUUUCUUUUUUCACAACAUUUCGAGCAUUUCUAAAUGAAGAAGAGUAAAAGUAAACAUUGCAUAGAAUUAAUAUAAUCAUAGUAGUAAUUGAUGUAUACAUGAAGAAAAAUCUCUCCCUACACA